CUCAGUUUCAAUCUAGUUCAUGUCGUUAGGCUGGUCUAGACGAUAAAGAAGGUUCCAAGAGACGUAACGUAACACAGCGACACUCAUGUCCUUCAAGAACCCCCGACAGAUCCAUAAACUGCCGGUUCUUCACGAGCAUGUUGUUUCCCAAUUCCAAGCGGGCCCUGUCCCUGGCUUCAAGAUCUGCUUCAACGACAGCAGUGACGCAGAGUAUCGUAUAUUCCACAUCGACAUCAAGGAUGUGAGAAAAUGGCGAGACGCGUUCAAGCCAAAGAGGCUUGAUAACAAAACAGACCGAAGGCGCCAAGACACCCGCGCAUCAAUGGCCCAAUGGGCCAUCACCAACAGUUCCUUUGAUACUUGCAACCAAGAGGAUAUUCCCAUUCCAGUACGCGAGCCAGAAUCCACUGACAGUGAAUCAUCAUGUGACUCCCUAAUUUUUACAAUGGAGAAGUUGGAUGUCUUUGGAAACACGAAAUACAAUGGCACAGUUGAUGCCAAAACGGUUGCAGAACGGGUCAAGACCAAAAGGAUCCUCGAAGGUACGUUGACUCCGGACCCUGACCGAAACUAUGAGGGCGAAUUUACCCUCUUAUUCCUAUCAUUCGUCGCUAAAGAGGAAGAGACUCAACGGGAACAACAGCCUGAUAUUGUUGAUGAUGAUCCGAAAGGCUGGAAAUUUCUGCAUGGCAUUAUCACCGCGGGGCAGAGCGAUGAGUCCAGUGAACUUCCUGCUUACCAUCCCAGCCAACGAGCAUUUGUCCUUCUUCGGAAAUUCAGGGGGCCUUUCCUGGUUACCUGUUCUAGACGAAACAUUGAUGCUUGCAGCCACGCGGAACUCCUGAAGCUCAUUUGGCAGAUGGAGAUGACCGGAUGGAAUGACAUGAUCUAUGUCACCCAGAAGGAUGAGGAGGUCCCUUACCGCAUCAAAAGUAAGAAAAAAGCCGAAGUGUUGGAAUGGGGACGCUUUGAAGAUGAUUAUGAGCGUCCACGGACGCCGGUUAAAGAGGCUAGGAGAGGCAAGAAACUUAGGAGCUUCAUCCUAAACAAUAAAAAGAUUUAGGUAAGUUGAGUAGAAGUCAAUAGGCCUUUAGACUAGUUGUUUUUGACAUCUUACUUUGAGGGCAGGAGUUUUCUUAUUUUUCCUGAAGGGGUAGUUUAGGAUUCCGGUAGAGUUUAAGGGGUUUUGGUUGGCGUGCGUAGAUUGAGAAUAUAAUGA